AUUGAAUUAUAAUCUUUGACAGCUUUAGUUACGCAGACCUUCUCCUUGUAGUCUGCUACCAGUGGUUGAGGAGAGUGCGUUGUCUGAUGCUAUGUUGUAUUUAUUUAUGAUUCCUUGACGACGCAAGUUCAUAGCAGUUGACUUCAAAAUGGUUCAGAAGUACCAGUCACCCGUGCGCGUCUACAAAUAUCCGUUUGAACUUGUGAUGGCGGCAUAUGAAAGGCGAUUCCCAACAUGUCCUCUUAUACCUGUGUUUGUCGGAUGUGAAGUUACGUCAGAAUUUACUAGCCCUGAUGGAGCUGUCUCUCUAAAAGAAAGACGCUGUAAGCUAAAUGUUGAAGCACCAUACUUGAUUAAAAAGAUCAUUGGUGUUGAUCAUGUAUACUUCAUUCAGAAAAAUAAUUUGGACCGAAGAAACCGAACGCUCCAUAUUGAAGCGUACAAUGAGAGCUUCGCAAGCAGAGUAGUAGUUGUAGAGAAAUGUCGAUAUUUUGUCCACCCUGAAAAUCCAGACUGGACAUGCUUCGACCAGUCUGCCACCCUUGACAUAAAAUCAUUUUUUGGCUUUGAAAAUUCAAUGGAGAAGUUAGCUAUGAAGCAGUAUUCACAGAACAUAGCUAAGGGAAAGGAAAUAAUUGAGCACUUUAUAAAUGAGCUCAAAAAGGAAGGCGUAGUUUAUAUACCACCAUGGCAAGAACCUGAAGAUGGUUCCGCUGCAGCUGAGGAAGAGAGGGCACAAACAGCAAAUGAUUCAUCUGGGGACUUUGCAUUGGGAGCAUCAGCUUCAAACAUCAGUGCAGCCUUACCAUCCCCUCCCAUGCUGUCUCCAAGUGCUGAAUCACAGUUUGAACUAGAUACAGAUUACAUUCAAAGAUACCUUGGGGAACUGAGUCUCAUUCAAGAAUCUUCCCUUGUGCAGUUGCGGAAAUGGGUAGCUGAUCUCCAAAAAGGGAAGGUCCCAAGUGAUUCAACUUUACUAAGAUUUUUGAGAGCCAGGGAUUUCAAUGUGGAGAAGGCUAGAGAAAUGCUGUCACAGUCACUCAUUUGGAGAAAAAAACAUCAAGUGGAUCGUAUACUGUCUGAAUAUCAGAUCCCUCAGGUGGUGCAAGAUUACUUUCCUGGAGGGUGGCACCAUAUGGAUAAAGAUGGUCGGCCAUUGUAUCUUUUGCGUCUUGGUCAGAUGGAUGUUAAAGGACUUUUCAAAUCAGUAGGAGAAGAGGGACUCUUGAAACUGACACUGCAUGUUUGUGAAGAGGGUCUGCAGCUUAUGGAAGAAGCUACAAGAACUCAAGGAAAGCCAGUAUCAACAUGGUCCUUACUUGUUGAUCUUGAAGGACUCAACAUGAGGCAUCUUUGGCGUCCAGGCGUGAAGGCCCUGUUAAGAAUAAUAGAAAUAGUGGAAGCUAACUAUCCAGAGACAAUGGGCAGAGUCCUCAUUAUAAGAGCACCACGUGUUUUUCCAAUUUUGUGGACAAUUGUUGGUACUUUCAUAGAUGAAAAUACACGUAGCAAGUUCCUUUUCUAUGGGGGAAAUGACUACCAGGGAGCAGAAGGUCUUGAAAACUGGAUUCCAGAACAGUACAUUCCAGACUUCUUAGGUGGCUCAUGCAGAACGAUGGUUCAGGAAGGUGGCCUAGUACCAAAAUCAUUAUACAUGUCAGAGGAAGAAUUGGGAAAGGAAGGCUGUCCUCUUACUGAGGACAGCAUAUAUCACUGUGUCACCUUAGGCAGAGGGCAGGUUCAUGAAGUACUGAUAUCAAAUGAUGAUCCAGGAAGUGUAAUCACUUGGGAUUUUGAUGUAAUGAGGCAGGAUGUAAUGUUCACAGUCUACAGAACUCGCGUUCCCGUGAUGUUACAUACUGCUACAGGUCCUCUGCAGACAAUUCAGCAAAUGAAUCCUCUAGCAACAGACCCUGAGCAUCGGUCAGUUAUUGAGAAGAGUUGGCGAGAAGGACAAGAUUAUUUCAGGGUUGAAGCCCCAGUUGUCUGCCAUGAUGGUGAAAGUAUUCAGGGCUCUCAUGUCACAAGUCAUGUGGGUACAUACAUUCUCCAGUGGAAAUUCCACUGUAAUCAUCCACUAGAUAUAAUUGAUUCAAUUACUGCUCAUAAAGCCCAGGUCAUGUACUACUAUGAACAGCUUCGAUCAUCAGACUACAGAGGUUCUAUGUCUAGUCUGCAAUCUGCACAUAGUGGAAUUUCAGGCAAAAGCACUAGAUCUGGUACUAGCUCCUGUCCAUCAAGAUGAUGUUAUGAUAGCAAAAGUGGCCCAUCCAAAACAUCUUGACACCGUAAUGCUGUUGUAGAGGGCAACAAUCUCAGGAAAAACACAGUUCAUUAUUUUAAGUUCGUGUUUUUCUUUUGCAUCCAUGUUUUUAAUUGUAAAGUUAUCACCUUGCAUGUUACAUUAUUUGCAGAGAUGCCAUUUGUAUAUAUGUAGCAUAGCUAGUGUGAUCUCCUAAAGAUACUAUAUUUUUGUACACUCCUUGCUGGCUCAAGGGGUAAAUAGUGCUUCAGAAGCCAUCUUUCUCGCCACAGCAUGUAUAUUAGAGUAGCAAUGUGAGAGUUUUAAUAUAAACUGGCUCCUCUUGCAUAGCAAAAAUUUCAGGUAAAUGAAUUACCAGUCUAAAUGAAUUGGUAACUUGCACACACUGUUUCAAUAAAUGACUUGUAAAAUCAUUUUACCUUGCUUGUUGCAUAUGUGGAUUUUUUUAUUGAACACAUCAGAUGUAUUUUAUAUUAAGUUAGUUCCAGGUACAGAAAAUAAUAGUAGUAUUAUGAUACCUGCUUAUUAUAGUUCUUGACUAGCAGUUACACAUAAAAAUGUUAGUACUUGUAAUAGAAACAGUUAAGCUUUGCAUAUUGAAAGACAUUAUUAAUACACAGUGGAAAUAUUCCUUUUUUUCAGCAGUUACAUGAGAAUUUCAACGCAUGUUAAAAUGUCUGGAAAUGUCUUUAUGGUGCUGGCAUUGUACUGGACGUACAUUUUGCUGGAAAUUUCCUGCACAGUGAUACCUGAUCAGUGUUGAUAGCAUGACAGAUUAGUCACCUGUUGUAUUUCUCAAAUGACUGCAUGUUGUACUUUAUUGCAGGAUAGGAAGGGAUAGUAUAAAUAGUAAAUGGUCGAACAGUAUGGUACAAAAAUUUUUGAGCAUUUUAAUCGUAGGUUUAAACAACAAAUACCAUCACUAUGUCACGAGGUACUCAACUUUUUCAUUUCUUUGAGCAUUAAAAAUGUUAUGAAAUUUUCUUUGUGUAUACAUUUUAUUCAGUAUUCUCAGCCUAUAUAUGUGUUUAAAUGAUGUAUGUGUCAUAUGAGUUGUAAAAUUUUUAAAGUUAAACAUUGUUUAAAUUUCUUUCAGUGGAUAAAUAUAAGUAAUAUUUUUUUCUGAAUUUGACUUCUGGUUCUUGAUUAUGUGAAAACAGCAACAUUUCUAUGAAAUGCUGCCACAUCAGAGGCAUCGGAAUUUGAUUCUAAAAGUCUCUCUUAAUGUUGAUAGAAUUUCAAAUAAACUUUGAAAUAGUAGAACAGAAUGUGGUUUAAUAACAAUAAUCAGUUUUUAAGAAAUGACUAGAAUAAUGGCAUUUCAUUUAUGUUCCAAUUGAAUGCCUUAUUGUACAGUCUUUUUAGACUGAUAUUUAUGUUAAUAUAUUUAUAUAAAAAUUCCUGUCAACAAUGUUUAUUGUACUUUAACGGAUACAACAUCUGUUAAAUAAAUCACAUUUAACGGUCAA